GUAUAAAACCUCAGUUCUAUUCUCUGCUCAUUUUAUACACUAAACGACUUAUCGUCUGAGCACAACCCAAAAGGAAUAGAAACAACAGAAGAACACGCCCAAAAACACUCGAAUCGAAUCUUUCUCUCAGAAAACAUGGAAUCAGAAGAAGCAACAUGGAGCAGAGAAACAGUUCCAAAAGUAAUGGAGAUUGUCAGCACAAAACUUCCUCAAAAAGACUUAAUUUCUCUUCUACUCGUCAGCCCCUGGCUCUACCGCUCUCUCACCUCCUACCAAUCUCUCUGGCUCGUUCUUGAUUUUCGUGAGAUGAACAGGGCUGGAGAUAGAUUAAUAGCUGCUCUUUCACUGUCGAGAUACAGUCAUGUGAAGGAGAUUAAUCUUGAAUUUGCUCAAAAUAUUGAAGAUACACAUCUUCAAGUUCUUCAAACCGAGGCUACCAGUUCUCUGCAAAACCUGGAGUCGUUAAACCUUAAUGUUUGCCAGAAGAUCUCUGACAAAGGAAUUGAAGCUAUAACCAGUGCUUGUCCAAAGCUCAAGGUUUUUUCUAUCUAUUGGAAUGUAAGGGUAACAGAUGUUGGCAUAACUCAUUUGGUGGAGAAUUGCAAACAUAUUGUUGAUUUGAACUUAAGUGGCUGUAAGAAUAUAUCAGACAAAAGUUUACAACUAGUUGCUGACAACUAUCAAAACAUAGAGUCAUUGAACUUGACUAGGUGCAUCAAGCUAACAGAUGAUGGCUUGAAACAAGUUUUAUCCAAGUGCUCCUCUCUCCAAAAUUUAAAUCUCUAUGCCCUUUCCAGUUUCACUGAUAAAGCUUAUAGAAGUAUAUCAAAUCUGGCCCAUCUAAGAUUUCUAGAUUUAUGUGGCGCUCAGAAUCUAUCUGACGAAGGACUUUCUUGUAUUGCCAAAUGCAAUAAUCUUGUCUCGCUCAAUUUAACAUGGUGCGUUCGGCUUACUGAUGUGGGGGUUAUAGCUAUUGCUGAAGGUUGCACUUAUCUCGAGUUUCUCAGCUUGUUUGGAAUAGUUGGUGUGACUGACAAAUGCCUGGAGGCCCUCUCAAGGUCUUGCUCAAACACAAUUACAACCCUUGAUGUAAAUGGAUGCAUUGGCAUAAAGAGAAGGAGCCAUGAUGAAUUGCUUCAGCUGUUUCCUCAUAUUACGUGUUUCAAAGUACAUAGCUGAGGUGCUCUUGUCUGCAAAUAUGCAUAGUGUUAACCUCGCAUAAAGGCGUCAGCAUGUGCAAGCAACUCUUGAAUCAUGGCGACAUCCUGUUGAAGAACGGGAGACAGAGCAAAUUGGAAUAUAUUCACAAUGCAUGGGAUAUAAAAUGAUCAUAUAUUCUUUAAAACAAAGUAAGAGCUUAAAUUAAGUUAAAUGCAAAUCUGUCAUUUUGAUCGAAAACUCUAAAUGAAAAAUAGUUUUUUUUUGAGGUAAACUAUUUUAUUGAUCAAUUACCACUUGAGCGUUGGUUUGAAUAUAACACUGCAAAAUGUUACUCGAAAUGUCUUGCUAGUUUAUUGUAUUGAUGUAUGAGACUAAGGGUGUGGAAAAACCGAAACAAACUGAAUAACCUUAUGAAACUAAAAAAUUCGGUAUGAAAUUACAAAAAAAAUGUUUUUUUUGUUCA